GGGCUGCAACAGCUGACUGCCGAGCACUUUGCCCUGUGCCUGGAGGAACAAAGAGAGGAGGCGACAGCCGUUCAGUUUACAUGUUUUCGCAUUUUUUACAUCGCUAAAACAACCCGGGUGCAGCGAGGACGCGAGAUGAGGCAAGCGGUCGCACCGGCACAAAACGUGGAAAAUCAGUCGUUUGCGGUGUCAGACUUGUUCAAGAUAUGCACCCAUUGUGAACGGCUGAGCAAAAAGGACUUGGGAAUACGGAUCCCAAGACCUCUGGGUAACGGACCAAGCAGCUUUAUCCCUGAAAAAGAGAUCCUCCAAAUUAGUAAAGUGGACGCCAGGACUCAGUCGAUAUUUGAGGAUGCAUUUGCAGCCCUCGGCCGCCUGGAUAACAUUUCCCUCGUGAUGGGUUUCCACCCACAGUACCUGGCGAGUUUUCUCCGGACGCAGCACUACCUGCUGCAGAUGGAUGGACCCCUGCCUUUGCACUACCGACACUACAUCGGCAUCAUGGCAGCAGCCAGACACCAGUGUUCCUACUUAGUCAACCUACACGUCAACGACUUCCUCCAGGUCGGGGGAGAUGCUAAGUGGUUGAACGGCCUCUUUGAAGCCCCGCAGAAGCUGCAGCAGAUCGGAGAGCUCAACAAAAUCCUGGCCCACCGACCGUGGCUUCUCACCAAGGAACACAUUGAGGGCCUUCUGAAGGCCGAGGAACACAGCUGGUCCCUGGCAGAGCUGAUCCACGCCGUGGUCCUGCUCACACACUACCACUCCCUCGCCUCGUUCACCUUCGGCUGCGGCAUCACACCUGAGAUCCACUGCGACGGCGGACACACAUUCAGACCCCCAUCCCUUAGCCAGUACUGCGUGUGCGACAUAGCCAACGGCAAUGGUCACGCCAAUCACCACGACGAUUUGCUCGGCAAUCAGGACAUGUGUGGCGAGGUGGAGGUGCUUAUGGAGAGGAUGAAGCAGCUGCAGGAGUGCCGCGAUGACGAGGAAGCCAGCCAGGAGGAGAUGGCAACCCGCUUCGAGAGGGAGAAGACAGAGAGCAUGCUGGUGGUCACAUCAGAGGAUGAGGAGUCUGCUCCACCCAGAGACAUCUCCCGUCACUUUGAGGACCCUAGCUAUGGCUACAAAGACUUCUCCAGGAGAGGGGAGCAAGUGCCCACAUUCAGAGUGCAGGACUACAGCUGGGAGGAUCACGGCUUCUCUCUGGUCAACCGGCUGUAUCCUGAUGUCGGUCAGAUGCUGGACGAGAAGUUUCAUAUGGCCUACAACUUGACCUACAACACCAUGGCUACACACAAGGAUGUGGACACCAGCAUGCUGCGCAGGGCCAUCUGGAACUACAUACACUGCAUGUUUGGCAUCAGGUAUGAUGACUAUGAUUACGGGGAGAUAAACCAGCUUCUGGACCGUAGCUUUAAGAUCUAUAUUAAGACCAUCGUGUGUAGUCCUGAGAAGACCACCAAACGAAUGUAUGAGAGUUUCUGGAGGCAGUUUCAGCACUCCGAGAAGGUUCACGUUAAUCUGCUUCUUAUGGAAGCGCGAAUGCAAGCAGAACUGUUAUACGCUCUGAGAGCGAUCACCCGCUACAUGACAUGAAGUGCUUUGGGCCUUGCUCUCGUCCCCCUUUUUUUUUCUCUUUUUUUUUUUUUUUUUUUUUUUUUUUUUUGGUUUAAACUGUCGUCAUUGCUCAUAAUGGGACACUUAAAGAAAACAAAUCAAAGGGGGAGGGAGGGGUGUUCAACAAAUUUGUGGAAGAGCGGAGCCCUGGGUUGUGACAAGGCUUUGUUGGUUGGCUGUUCAGAAGAAGAUCAGAACAAAUGGAGAGCAAGAAAAUGACUGUUGGAGAAAAGUAAUCUCAAACUACAAAGUGGAUCCACAAACUGUUUGUGUUGCCUGCAGUGCCAAAACUGACCAAGAGAGGGCAGCCUGGAAGCCAAGUCCUGCCCUGUAACACCAGAGGCACUAGUUUGAGUAUUGCAGUGUGCAACACGAAGGUUGCCAAUCUCACCUGUUUCCUGGUGGAGUGAAUACCCAGAAAGAAAAGCUGUGCAGCCAUAAACGGUCUGCUUUUUGAUUCUGUUGUUACUGUUAUACGUGUUUAGUUUCUUUAAUAAUACCUUUAAUACCUUUUUAUUUCAUUUUGUAUUACGAGAAAUUGUCAUUGUGGUUGUUGUUGGUGGUAACUGGAGAUGGACGCUUUAAGUUUGGGUGGUGUUUUUUUUUUUUUUUUUUUUUUUUUAAUGUGUGCCUGAACUAUCCAGCACAGUGUACAGAUGUGCUGAUGAUGCUGCUCCCAUGUUGUAUUCAGUGGGGUCAUAUUGAUCCCCCAAAUUACCCCUCACCCAUUUCCCCAUUAUACAAGCCCCUGUCCAUUACAAAUCCACUGCAUUACCCCCCUCCCUCUUAUCCUCUACCCAAAUUUCAAAUGUCAAUGUAAGCUAAUCUAAGGUGUGUGUGUGUGUGUAUGUGUGUGUGUGUGAGAGAGAGAGAGCGAGUGAGUGAGUGGGGAAAAAAAAAAAAAGAACACUGUCUGAGCCCUUUGUGAAUUUGAGUGUACAUGUGUGGAUAAGUUGUGUGUUUUAUGAUGACUGAGGUGUGGAUGUUUGUGUGUGUCCCGAUGGUGGAGAUGAUGGAGAGAGGAAAAAAAAAAAAAAAAGAAGAGAGUGUACGUCUUGGAAUUUCACAUCUCAAAAAAAAUAAAUAAAUAAAAAAAAAUUAAGCGAGGCACUUUGAAGGAAGACUUCUUGCUUCUGCUGUAGCUCUGGUUUUGUGACUUAACUGUUUGUUUUGUUGAUGUCUUUAGCUUUCCGGUAACGGGAGAGGGUGUGGGAUAAAAAGCUAAUCAAAAAGAAAGUCGGACACCAGGUUUUUCAGGAGGGAUUUGCUUCCAGUUGCUCGAACGAUACCUUAACUGUCUUCCGCUUAUCCCAGCUGCCUGGUUGCCCUAAAACUUUCAAAGCUUUGGAUUUUGAAUUUCACCAGUAAUCAAAUACCUCUUCUGUUCUUCUCUAUGAAACAUACAAGAAGUGCUCUUUGGGGAGCAGAGACACCACCCCCCCCCCCCUCUUUUGUUGGGCUGCCCUAUUCCCUGCUGCUCGGGGACCCGGCGAGCCCACACCAGGCCGAUUGUGCUCAAUAGCUUUCGAACGCAAUUGGUUGUAGCUGUAGCUCCCCCGCUGGGGAAGUCUAACUAGUGCAAAAGCAGCUUUUUUUUUUUUUUUUAUUUAUUUUGAACAGAGGUGUGAACCCUCUGCUGUUUUUGUUUUGAUUUCAGUAAAGUACUGCAUUCUUCUGAGGGUGGCUUGAGACAGGUGACAGAUGAAUGAGUGAUGAUGAGGAUGAGGGCUGUGAUGAUAAAGGAAUGGUACAUUUUGGAAGUGUUUCGAGAGGAAGUUUUUCUGACUGAUGUCAGUUACUGACACUUUUUAUAUGGAAACAUACAAAAAGGAUAAAAAAAAAACAAACUAAUAUUGUGUAUCAUUUGUAGCUGUCUCCUAAACAAUUUAAAUGUAUUCCUCCAUCUAAGUGAUUGUAUAAAAGGUAGAGAGACUCAGUUCAGGAAUCAAGGAGUCAAAGCACAAUCUGUGUCACCGUCAGCUCACAGCUGCUCAGAUGCACAAGAAUAGGAAAUUAAAUUACCUGUGGUUACCAGUCAGCAUAUCUGAUUAUUGUGUAACUCAUGAAAUGACAUGGGAGAUUUUACUUUUGCUCCAAAGGAGGCUCUCUGAUAAUAAAGCUGACUUCACCAACAGUAGGCUGGACUUGGGCAUAGUUCAGUUUUCCAUCAAUACGGUCCAGUGACUUUCAUGUGAAUUUGAUUUUACUGUAUCAGAAGUGUGGUCACCCUUCCUGUGGUGCGGUCAAGGCCAAAGUUUCUUUGCUCCUGACCAGCUUUUUGUCUCAAUAAAAGGAGGGGAAUUCCUUGUAGGUUGUUCCCUCGCUUUCCUGUUUGCCUCAGUGUCACACCUCUUUGGGGAAAAAAUGCUUUCACUUUCCAGAUGGGGCUGGAAGUCUGUCGGAAGUUCGAGGUGAUUCCCGUGGAGGCCGCAGAAGCCUGUCAGUCAAUAUAAAAAUCACCAGCAGAUACUCAGUGUUUAUCCCCGCUGACCUUCAUAUUUCACCCAUUUUCCUACAUUCUAUACGAAACAGGAAAGUUUUUUUUAAAAAAAGCAACCCGUCUUUCAUAUCAAGCUGAGAAAUUCUAUGUAUAGACGAAUGUUUGCUAUCAUUUCUGGCUAUCGGAUUGUUUUAGCAGUUUUUGAAUCAUUGGCUUGUCUUGCGGUUGUUCAAGGUCACAACUGUGGGAAAACCGGGGAAUGCUGACACGAGGAGGUUCUGCAUUAAGUGCUGUUUCUGAUUUGUUUCGAUGUAAUAACGAUGUGAUUUUUUUUUUUGAAAUGCUGUACCUUUAGGCUACUUGGUGUAACUUUGUAAGCACUGCCUCGCCCCAUAUCUGUGUCAUAAUAAAGGCUUUGAGAAGCAAA